CUGCCACCGAUACAUUCCUAAAGUAUUCUUUUUAGUUGUUUUUUGUUGACGCAGCGCGUUACAUCUUUUACAUUUUCUUUACAUAUACUUGUCUUUUUUUAUUAAUUUAUUCAACAAACGCCCAAAACAAACAGAAAUGUUAUUCGGAAAUCUCUCUCAACUCUUGAGAUUAUCAAUCUUAAUUGUGAUAACGAUUAGUGUGUCACAGAUCAGUUCCUUCCCACAAUACCUAACAAGUGAUCCAUAUGGCGGAGGCUUCAACAACGGCGGUAUCCGCGGGAAUGGAUAUUACGGCGGCACUGGCAUCGGAGGCGGUGGACUUGGAGGCUUUGGCGGGGGAGGCUUAGGGUUAAAUUCCGGUUUUGGGGGUGGCCUAGGAGGCGGCUUAGGGGGAGGUUUUGGAGGCGGACUAGGAGGGGGUUUUGGAAACCGCGGAUAUGGUUAUUACUCAGAUGCUUCCUCCAUUCAGACCCCCCUGAAUUCUACCAAACUUUACUGGAAAUCGCUGCUCUCACUUGCCGUCACAGGAAUUUUCCUGCUGCUUUGUUGAUUGAUCGUCACAUUCCGAUUUAAU